AUGACCGAUAACAACCAAGGCUGCAAGAUCACUCUGUACUGGCUCGAGCAAUCUCGAAGCCAUCGUAUCCUCUGGUUGCUCGAGGAGCUGCAGUUGAAAUAUGAGCUGAAGACUUUCAAGCGACGAGCUGAUAAGCUUGCGCCCGCGGAGCUGAAGGAGGUCCACCAACUCGGCAAGUCUCCUAUCAUCACCAUUGAGGCUCCGGGCUCCUCAAAGCCUAUGGUUCUUGCUGAGUCCGGCGCGAUCGUCGAGUAUCUCUGCGACCACUUCGGAAAGGUGAAGCCUUCGCUUGUGCCGGAGCGCUAUGUCGCAGGUCGUGAAGGUCAAGUUGGUGGCGAGCGUGAAGAAUUCAUACGCUACCGUUAUUUCAUGCACUAUGUGGAAGGUAGUCUGAUGCCUUUCCUUGUCAUGACUCUGGUGAAUGACACCCUCCGCAAGUCCCCGCCCUUCUUCGUUCGUCCCAUCACCGGUAUCGUUGCUUCGCAGAUUGAAGCGCAAUUCUUGACUCGCAAUGUGGAGGGGAAUCUCGCUUUCUUGGAGGAUCAGUUGAAAACUGCCCCUGAGGGUGGGCCCUUCAUUUGCGGUAAGGUGUUGACUGCGGCGGAUAUUCUGUUGAGUUUCCCUGUUAUCGCGGCGAGCGGUCGCGUUUUGCAGGAUAAGAAGCAACAGGAGAAAUAUCCUCUUCUGUUCGCUUAUGCGAAGCGUUUGGAGAAGGAGGAUGGUUAUCAAAAGGCUGUGAAGAAGAUUGAGGAGAUUGAGGGCACUUUCUCAGCGUCUAUGUGA